CCAUUGUGACGAAUUCACGUUAAUUGAUUCCGUAGCCACGCCUCCACUAUUUCAAUAUCUACGAUUUUUAAAUAAACUCUCAAUUAAAUGAAACAUCAACCACGUUCGGUUUUAGAUAUUGUUUUGUUGAAAUCAUGAUAUCACACGUAUGUUUGAAUAACUUGAUAACGUACUCCUUUAAACUUGGCGGGCAAUGACGUGUCGCUGUUGAUUAUAGAGGACAUCUUCAAGAAAGUGACGGCCGUCUUGUACUUGAUGACAGAGCAGCUUGGUGACAGGACAUCCUAGUGUCUUUUCAACGACACGAUUCAUCUCUCCCUCUCUUUGCAACGAAUUCCUUUCAUUUACGCCGCGGAACACGAGAAUGGAGGAGACCAUAAACGCUAAAUCGCGCUCUUCGUUUAAGUCCAGUAACUUCACAAUCGAUGCAUUGAUGGCUAGCGACCAGCCCGACCAUGCAAACAAAAAAAUACAUCGUGAAUUUCUUCUUCAACCACUAGAAAUUCUGAUUGACAAGCCUAAUGUUUCUAAGAAUACGGAGAAGGGCGAUUCCGUUUACCGUCACCGACACAUGCAGCCACCGCCUGCUUCGCCAACGUCGUCGAUAACGAUACCUCGUCACUUCGCUACCUGCCCGGUGUCAUCACUUUUUGGCGGUCUAACCAGUGUCGGUCGCAGUUACAGUGGUAGUGAGCUUAGCCCAAUUGAUUGCCGGUUAGAAAUGAAAGAAUUGUGGGAUAAAUUCCAUGAUCUUGGUACAGAAAUGAUUAUCACAAAAUCGGGAAGGCGAAUGUUUCCGACGAUCCGGGUAUCUUUUAGUGGGCUGCAGCCAUCAUGUAAAUAUGCGGUUCUUCUGGAUGUUGUCUCAUUAGAUAAUAAACGUUAUAGGUACGCAUAUCAUCGAUCGUCAUGGCUAGUGGCAGGGAAGGCAGACCCUCCCCUACCCCGGAGACUGUACGUCCAUCCAGACUCACCAUUCACCGGCGAGCAGUUGCUAAAACAAAUCGUUUCGUUCGAAAAGUUGAAACUUACCAAUAAUGAGAUGGACCAACAUGGCCACAUUAUUUUGAACUCUAUGCAUAGAUAUCAGCCAAGGGUACAUAUUAUGAAAUACAAGGACAAGAUGACGACAGUGACGUCACUGGAAAAGGAGGCGGUACGAACGUUUGUGUUCGAUGAAACAUCAUUCACAGCCGUCACGGCUUACCAAAACCAACUGAUAACGCGCCUCAAGAUUGAUAGCAACCCGUUCGCUAAAGGCUUUCGAGAUUCAUCUAGGCUGUCUGAAUUUGAAAGAGAACGCAUUGAUAAAAUGAUACACGGGCACACAUACGCCAGAUCACCAAUUCGAUGCAUUAAUGAUAACCAUGGCCGAUCGACAGAUAAGGAUCAUAGCGCCCUCUCUCCAACUUUGAAGCGAGCUCAAAGAUGUCGAUACGAGAUGGUACAGUCGUUACCGCCACUUGUAAUGCCGAUGCCUCGGAUUCCCUCAGCUCAUCUAGGUACGCAUUCAUUUAUUUCAUCGGCAUCGCACGUACCGCUGAGUUUCGGAGCCUCUAUUCCAUUCUUUACCAAUCUCACAACGACAUGCUCCACCCCUGGCAUACUACAUCCAGUACUAGGCCAGCCGCUUUGCGAGCUAACCACCAAUACCACACAACAUCCAAGUCAUAGGUACCAUCGCCUGUUUUCCCAGGGUCCAUAUGCUUCGAUUCAAGCAUUGCGAGCGGCCGCAUCCCAGCUAAAUACGGAUCCUUCAGUAUAAAAUUCAUAAAGUGAAUUUUCUGAACUGAAAUAUGCCAAUUCUUGCCGAAUGACAGGAAAAUGGAUUUUCAGCAAUAUUGUUGUCUCCUUGUACAUGCACUAUGUAAUUAAAAUCGUUUCAUUACAUGGAUUGUAACUAAUAAUAAAUAAUGGACACGUAGGUUCUAGGCCUGUACAAUCAAGAAUAUUUUGUUUUAAUAUAUUAUUCAUUUGGCAUGCUCGAAAUAAAAUCAGACACAUGCCUCCAAAAAAUACUAGUAUACCGUUUUGCGGAUGAUACUGGUCUGAUGUGAUACUACUCUCGUAAGCACCUCAUGCAAAAUGACACUUCAAGCAUAUUGUUAUAAUCAAAAUUGUUAUUUAUAUGAUAUUGAUAUUGAUAUUAUUAUUAUUAUUACUAUUAUUAUUAUUUAUUAUUAUUAUUAUUAUUAUUAU